GGGCGGAAGUGGCGGGAGGGCGGUGGUGGGUAGUUGGCGGGUGGUUGACUAGAGCAGGCCGCCAUGUCCGCAGGGAGCGCGACACAUCCUGCCGCUGGCGGGCGCCGCAGCAAAUGGGAUCAGCCCGCUCCAGCUCCGCUUCUCUUCCUGCCGCCAGCCGCCCCAGGUGGGGAAGUCGCUGGCAGCGGGGCGAGCCCCGGGGGCGCCACCACCACCGCUCCUUCGGGAGCCUUGGAUGCCGCCGCUGCCGUAGCUGCCAAGAUCAAUGCUAUGCUCAUGGCCAAAGGGAAGCUGAAACCUUCUCAGAAUGCCGCCGAGAAGCUUCAGGCCCCUGGCAAAAGCCUAACUAGCAAUAAAAGCAAAGAUGACCUGGUGGUGGCUGAAGUAGAAAUCAAUGACGUGCCUCUGACAUGCAGGAACCUGCUGACCCGAGGACAGACACAAGAUGAAAUCAGUCGGCUUAGUGGGGCUGCUGUGUCAACUCGGGGACGGUUCAUGACGACUGAGGAGAAGGCCAAAGUGGGACCCGGAGACCGUCCAUUGUAUCUUCAUGUUCAGGGACAGACACGAGAAUUAGUAGACAGAGCUGUAAACCGAAUCAAAGAAAUAAUAACCAAUGGAGUGGUGAAGGCUGCCACAGGGACCAGUCCAACUUUUAAUGGAGCAACAGUCACUGUCUAUCACCAACCAGCUCCCAUUGCUCAGUUAUCACCUGCUAGUAACCAGAAGCCUGCCUUCCAGUCUGGAAUGCACUAUGUUCAAGAUAAACUAUUUGUGGGUCUAGAACAUGCGGUGCCCACUUUUAAUGUUAAAGAGAAAGUAGAAGGUCCAGGCUGCUCUUAUUUGCAACACAUUCAAAUUGAAACUGGUGCCAAAGUCUUUCUACGAGGCAAAGGCUCGGGAUGCAUUGAGCCAGCGUCAGGCCGAGAGGCUUUUGAACCCAUGUAUAUUUAUAUCAGUCAUCCCAAACCUGAAGGCCUGGCUGCUGCCAAGAAGCUCUGUGAGAAUCUCUUACAAACAGUUCAUGCUGAGUAUUCUAGAUUUGUGAAUCAAAUUAAUACUGCUGUACCAUUACCAGGCUAUACACAACCCUCUGCUAUAAGUAGUAUCCCUCCUCAGCCACCAUAUUAUCCAUCCAAUGGCUAUCAGUCUGGUUACCCUGUUGUUCCCCCUCCUCAGCAGCCAGUUCAGCCUCCCUACGGAGUACCAAGCAUAGUGCCACCAGCUGUUUCAUUGGCACCUGGAGUCUUGCCAGCAUUGCCUACUGGAGUCCCACCUGUGCCAACACAGUAUCCGAUAACACAAGUGCAACCUCCAGCUAGCACUGGACAGAGCCCAAUAAGCGCUCCUUUUAUUCCUGCUGCUCCUGUCAAAACUGCCUUGCCUGCUGGCCCCCAGCCCCAGCCCCCACUCCCAGCUCAGCCCCAGUCACAGAAGAGGCGAUUCACAGAGGAGCUGCCUGAUGAACGGGACUCUGGACUGCUUGGAUACCAGCAUGGACCCAUUCAUAUGACUAAUUUAGGUACAGGCUUCUCCAGUCAGAAUGAGAUAGAAGGCGCAGGAUCGAAGCCGGCAAGUUCCUCAGGCAAAGAGCGAGAGAGGGACAGGCAGUUGAUGCCUCCACCAGCCUUUCCUGUGACUGGAAUAAAAACUGAGUCUGAUGAAAGGAAUGGGUCUGGGGCCUUAGCCGGGAGCCAUGAUUAUCCAGCCAAGAAGAUGAAAACGGCAGAGAAGGGAUUUGGCUUAGUAGCUUACGCUGCAGACUCCUCUGAUGAAGAGGAAGAACAUGGAGGUCAUAAAAAUGCAAGUAGCUUUCCACAGGGCUGGAGUUUGGGCUAUCAGUACCCUUCCUCACAGCCACGAGCUAAGCAGCAGAUGCCAUUCUGGAUGGCCCCAUAGAAAGUAGUGGACAGGGCUUUGACCCUCAGUGACUCUUCUUAGCAAUAAUGCAUGCACUUGAUUAAACAAGACUCUGGGACCUGUUCUGAGGGCCAUCUUGGACCUUCGAAGACGUUAGGGACACAGUGUCCCCUGUCAUAAAGGGAUGCCAUUCUUUUUAAAACCCUGUUUCUGCAGUGGCANAACAUCCGUUAAAAUUCACUUAGAAUCACAAAUUUGCAUCAAGCUUUUUAACAGUUGAUGGAAUGUGCUUGUCCAGUGAGAUAUCAGGACAGAGUCAUUGCUCCAUAUGUUUGACCUGAUCUAGCCUUUUCCAAAUGAAUAGCCUCAACUCUGUUGUAAAGAAAGUUUUAUUUGUAUUUUACUACUAUUGGGUCAAUUUUGAUAACUGGUUACAAACAAAGCCUUACUAUUUAUUAGUGGGAAAUGGUUUUAAGACC